AGUAGGGAAGCUGACAAGCAGUUCAAUAGCAUCUUUGUAUCCAAUGCACUGUGCAUCACUGCAGCGUGUGAGGACCGUGGCAUCUACUCUGUAGCUUUGGAAACUCAGCCUUGCAUCCCAGGAACUGUUCUUUUUUUACUGUACUCCAUCAACAAAUUUCUGCUUUGUGCACAGCUCUCUAAGCGCCAUAUUUUCUUCCUUUUUACAUUUUGAAACUGUUUGUGUUUUAAGCCCUGAUACCUGUUGUAUUUUUUAUUACCCCCUAUGUAGUGAGCACACAACCCGUUCUAUGACCUUGGAUCCAGUGCUCUUCCUUCUGACCCCACGUCAGCUUCCUUACCCUGCUUUGCAUUAGUUCUUUAGCACUAGAAUUUACAGCAUCCCUGCCAGCCCGGCACCUUAAAGCACCAGCACAACACCUGUUAUUGGCAUUACAUCUGGAAAAAAUCACCAGAUCUUCCCCAGCUUCACCAUGAUGUCCUGUGCAGAGAUGAUCACUAUGUGUCUUCUUUCAGCUAAACACUUGCAGGAGGACGAGAGGAAACAGUUCUCUCCUCCAGAACUCUGCAACCAGGAUCUGUCUAUAUUCCAAGAUAUAUUCCGUAGAGCGGACAAGGAUGAUGACGGGAAACUGUCCUUUGAUGAGUUCCAGAACUUCUUUUCUGAUGGAAUCCUGAAUCAAGAGGAGCUGAAAGAGAUGUUCAGCAGGAUAGACAGUAAGCGGAGCAAUAACAUGGACACAGAACGAUUGUGCGAUUACUUCUCAGAAUACCUUGGAGAAUACAGAAAUGUUCUCAUAGCUCUGGAUAAUCUGAAUGUAACCAUUUUAAGUGCUAUGGACAAAACCAAGAGGGAUUAUGAGGCUUCCUCUCAAAUCAAGCAGUUUGUGACCCGCUUCCUACUCAGGGAGACCAUGAACCAACUGCACUCGCUUCAGAACUCAUUGGACUGUGCCUUAGAAACGAUUGAGGGUCAGAAUGGCUGUGAGAGACAGGAUGCCAGGAAGACCGUGCCACGGCGCUUGGGACGUAGGUGCAAUCGAAGGGCCCACAAGUCUGUUUGCCUGUCACCGACGGAUCCUUAUUCGGGAAUCCUGACCACAGGUUUGCCAGUAGAAAAUGAUAUUCCAUGGUCUGCACAAAUCAACCGCCUGGAGCAGCUCAUCGACAAGCUAGAGUGUACGAGCCCACAGUUUGAGCCUUUGAAAGGAGAUCCAUCUAUUGAUCCUGCAGUGCCUUACAUCUUGGUGGCACAGAGGCAGCUGCCUGUAGCUGAACAUUACCAGGAUCUAUUCAAACUGUCUCUUGAGAGUUACACAAAAACAACCUCAGUCCAAAACAGCUGCUUACACAUUUCUACUCAUAGACGUCAUGCUGAGUCAGGCUAUAUGCUGUAUGAAAUUUGGGAGGACCAAGAAUCAUGGAAAAAUCAUCUCCAGACUGCCCUGAGCAAGACAUUCCAGAGAGUCAUCAUUGAUUGCUUGGAGAACCCGGAACAGCUCAGGACCAUGCAAUUUCCAGCCUCGUGGUGGAAUUUGAGCCCAAAUUGACCCUCGUCAAGAGGCUACAAACAUCACCUACUCAAGACUGGAUCAUGCUGUUCAGAUCUGGUGACUUCUUAAGAGCUUUCCAGAAAGCAAUGUCCCCUUCCCUACUCUUUUCUCCGAAGUUAUUUAAUAAACACAAUGAAUGGCAGUGAUGUUGUGGGGCUUACCUGCAGCUGGUUGGAUCAGUGGUAACUUGGCCUUUACUACUGUACAGUAUCUUAGUAGGCAUCUUCCAAAUGGACAUGAAAGCCUAUGAAGAUCAUUCACUAUUAUGAAAGAAAAAGGGGUGAACAAACAGUAUUGUAAAUUUUCAUCAGGCAGUGCAAACGGAAUCCUGUUCAUAUAUGAUGUCACAGAUCUUGGAAAGAAAGUUGUGAUGUCACUGACAAAAAAAACGAUUUGAUUGUUCUUCCAGCAUGAAGCUGUCUUUUUUUUUAUUGUGGAUCCCAUUGAAGAUGCAAUCAAUGAAUUUAAUGAAUGAUAAAAUCACUGUACGCAUCUGCUUAUCAUGCUAUAGUUCUACAUUACUUCUUACGUGAACAUAAUUAGAGUUGCAUUGAAUGUUGUAAUUGUUUUUUUAUUGGAUUUGUUUAGGGUGGAGGGGCCAAUUUACUAAUCCCAACCCAGACUGGUGAGUGACAAACUCCCGAUAGAACAUCUAAAGGUCUCCCUCCUGCUCUAAAAACUCAACUGUACCCUUAUCUUACAUAUUACAAGUUCAAUGAAUGGGCAUCAGCUAGUAGUAGUGUCUACUCCAACUGGUACCAAAGAGAGAGCAAUUUAAAGGAACAGUAAAGUGUUUUUUUUGUGACACUGCAACUACGUAUCAAUAUAUACCUUGGCUCAUGGCAGCACUGCUCCUCACCAGAACCUGUAACUCAACAGAUACAUGUCGUGAAUUAAAACCACAGUUGGAUGGUUAUAUCUAUCUUUAUAAUAGCAUUGUUAGGUAUGCAUUGUAGAAGUCACUGAAGUACAAUCUUGAGGACUACAGAUAUGUUGUUGGUAGGGUUGCCACCUUUUCUGGAAAAAAUACCGGCCUUCCUAUAUAUUUAUCUUUUUUCCCUAUUAAUAAAAUUGGGAUCAGCCAUCAUUUAUACUGGCCAGGCCAGUAAAACAUCGGGCAGGUGGCAACCCUAGUUGUUGGCUGGGCUGAUCUUCCUUUUUGAGCUACAGCUGGAGGUAGGGCUACCAUCAGGCAUCACAGGGCCCUUUACUAUUAAGUUACCAGAACCCCCUCUACCUCCACCAGGGAGGGAGUUAAGACUCAUUGAUCACCUGGGCAGAGAACCCUAUUCAAUAAGUAGAAUAUAACCCAAUGAAAAAAAUAGAUCCAUGUAUGCUAUUAUGCUAAAUCCUGCCCACAAUCCACCCAUACCCGCCCCCACUAUACAGCAAGCCCCUAUCCCCUUUGUGAACUGUGAAUUACACUUUUACAUCUCUUGGAACCGUGAGUGCUGUACCCCACUAAUGGUGGAACUGUCUGUAGGGCCACAGAUGAUAUAUUGGCAGGAGGGACAACAUUUGAAAUUUAACUUAAGUUGAAGGACUUCAAGUAUUUUGGCAUGGGUGCUAGGACUUGUAGACCUUUUACAUCUAGAGAGGCACAUAGGGUGCUGGGAAUUGUCAUGGCAACAGCUAUAUUAUUAUUAUGGGCAUUGUGACUGCGUAUAACCCCAUGUUUACAGUGAACUAGGCGGGAUUGCUAAGAAAGGCUACUCAAUAGUGAUGGGCGAAUUUCUCCCGUUUUGGUUCGUGAAUUGCAAAUUUUGACACCGGCGUCAAACAAUUUGACUCGCAUUAAAGUCAAUAGCCGCCUUUAAUUGUCGCCAGCAUUAAAAUGCUUGACGCCGGCAUAAAAAAAAAAAAAAAAUUUAAAACACCAGCGAAGAUUCGCGGCAAAUUCGCAAAUAGGAGAUACUCUGCAAAUUUGUGCCUGGUGAAUAAAUUCGGCCAUCACUAUUAUUACUCUUCAUAGAAUCAGAAUUUGAUAUAGGUAUUAUACCUUACUGCCAUGCACAUCAUACGAUUCGAUCCUACUGUAAUUAUUAUAUAUUUCAGUGCAGUCUAUGCAGAACAUGACCGUUACACCAAUGCAGUUUAUUUAUAGUAUUACUAUAUAUCACUGAAUAUCACAGCAGGCUCUUUUCUUAUUAAAAUGACUUGUUUACAUAGGUACUUAGCCGUGGCUUAAAAAAGAAACCGUUCCAUCAUCCUUCCGCUUCAGGAAUUCCAGUCUAGUUUCCAGCGGAGGGUGAGUUUAAACAAAAAAAGAAGCUAGAAAUAAGGAUGUAUCUUCUUUCUUUGGAAACAUAAGAAUUUGGACUUGGGUCUGAAGUCACAAGAGUCACGAUUUUUUUUCCAUCUGAAAUAGUAAGGGCUUUUAUUGUUUUUUUGUAUGAAUAUGACAUAAACAGAAAGGGAAAUAUAAUCUUUAUGGUAGUUUGUGGAAAUGCUUUAUUAAGUCAUGGGAAACCACAGUGUAAUUGACGCAUGCUUUAAACCCUGGGUAUGUUAAAUGAUACUGUUAUAGUGUAGUCUUUAAUGCCAUUGUCUCCGGUACUCACCUCUGCAUUACUUUUCUAGGAAAAUAAGAUGUCAGAACCCAAGAAAUGACAUUCAUUAGUUAAAUGAAACUGCUGGAUACACUGGAUCUGCUUAUAAGAAAGCAUGCGGUUGUGCCAUUGUGUAUUACUUGUGCAACAUUUCAUUAUAAGGAAAUCCAUCAUCUCUUGUCACAUUACCUUCCCAAUAUCCCUUGCUUUCUUGGCUCUGGCUUGCUGUAGGGAUCACGCCCUCUUGGUGAGUACCGACUGAUCUCUACUAGUCUCUGGAUGACUCACUGAACUCUUAUGCCGUUAUAAGACAUGAUAUAAGAAGCAUACCAGUGUUAUGGAGUAAUGUUUAUAUAUCACUAUGACCAUAUGCAUUUAUCUAUUCAUCUAUUGGCUUCUUCAUAUGGGUGGAGAUGUCUCAUCAGACUGCUGUGAUAAAUGGCACCAUUGUUACCUCUGUCUACAUGGAGAUGUUUCCCUUUAACCCUUGGAAUAGAUUGAAGGGCAUUACCAGUACCAUAGAGUCUACCUGCGAUUCCACUUUAAAGGGGUGGUUCACCUUUAAGAUACCUUAUCGUAUGUUAUAGACUUCAAUAUUUAUUUUUUUUAUAG